GGCAGCGCCCCGUCACAGGGCGGGGAGAGGCACGGCAGGAAGUCGGUUCUGGUUCCUGGGUUAAGGCGCUCGGGCAGGAGCGAGCGCCUUGUGCCGGGAGCGGCCGCGGGCUCCGCGAGGCGCUCGUUUCCAGUUCCCAAGAUGAUGGCAGUGUAACUUACAAAAUAUUUCCAUUGAAAAAGCUGUUUUGAAGGCAGAAUUAUAUAAAGAAUUACUUGUUGCUGGAUGGCACCUAUGUUCUCAUCUCUCAUAUGAACCUAUGAGAGUAGAAAAUCAGGUACAGUGCUACAAUUCUGCCUGUUGGAUCAAUUACCAGCAGUCCAGAUGACAGCAGAACUCUUUGUCAAUGCUCCCACUUUCAAUCAGUAAGUCUGUUAACUCCACCAUCUUUUCAGUGAUGAAACAACGUUGGGAAUUAUGGACAAAAACAUUGGAGAGCAGCUUAACAAAGCUUAUGAAGCCUAUCGACAAGCAUGCAUGGAUAGGGACCAUGCUGUGAAAGAACUACAGCAAAAAACAGAAAACUACAUGCAGCAAAUACGUGAACAGCAGGAAAAGAUAGAGCUUCAAAACAGCAUUAUUGCAAAACUGAAAUCACAGUUGGCUGCUCUGAAUGCUAAUAGAGGUAGUGCACAUCCCUACAUUAUGAUGCAUGAAGACAUUGAAACAUUCAACUUACCUUUCAGCCAGCUCUCUGAAAAACUGAACAUAGCAAAGCAAAGAGAAAAACUCUUAAAGGAACAGUUAGAAAGUGAGAGCAUGAAAUUGAAGCAACUUGAGGACAAAAGCAAUCAAAAGGAAAGGAAGCUUUUAUCUGUUAUUUCCAACCAAGAAGAUAAAAUAAGAAAUCUGAAAAGCAAAUUGAAAGAAUUAAAUGAAGCACAAAAGAGUAUACAGAUGCCAAUAUAUAAAAGGGAGGCCCUCUUUUCUACACAGUACCUUAACAAAAGGAUGGGGAGAAGUGGGAAGUGGGGAGCAUCAGAGGUCAAAGAGCUCAUGUGGGAAGCUCGCUUACUUUACUGUUUUCUUGGAAAGAGAGAGAAUCUGGAGACUAUUUUCCAGGACAUGAAAGAAGAGUGUCAUCGAAUAUGUAUGCUAGCCGAAGAACAAACAGACCAACUGAUUAAAUUUAAGAUAAAGCCAGAACCUGAAACUGAAAUACAGUUUUCCAUGCCAAUACAGUGUACUGAUAAAACUGAUGAACAAGCAGAAGAGCUUUUUAAGCCUCGGGUUAUAAAGGAUAUAAAUAGAGGUGCAUCAUGCAUCACAUCUAUCACACCAAGAGGAGUGGGCCAAGAUGAGGACAACAACUCUGUAGAAUCACUUUCUAAAUUUAAUGUCAAGUUUCCACCUACAGACAAUGACUCUGCUUUCUUGCAGAGCACUCAGGAAAAACCAACAGUUUCUUGUACUGGUAUAGCUGAAAACAUGCUUCAAGAUCAUCAUUUUAACCUGGAGCACAGAGACCGUGCUGCUAACCUCAGUAAAUUGGAACCUAACUCAUUUGAAGCUCAUGGCAUUGAUCUCAUGACCUCAGCUUUACAAAGCUUAACUACUGUUGACAAAACAAACCCCUCAGAUCAUGCAAACGUGUCUAUAGAAAAUAUCCAUGACAAACCGUGUUUAAAAACAACAGACAGUGGUUUCACAUUUGUACCUAAGCACACAAACCAGGGUGUACCUGAAGCAAUUUUUUCUUUAGAAACUGCUGGAACAACCGUCAGAGGUCCUCAUCAGAUCAUUUGGCAGCCUCAAGACAAUGAUUUGCUGGCACAAGCAUAUGCAGACUCUGAACUGAAUCAGUGUAGAAUAUGUGAAUUCUGUCGAGAAGUUUUCCCACCAUCUCCAACAUCUAAGGAAGAUUUUCUUCGUCAUCUGAAUUCCCACUUUAAAGUACAGUCUUAAUGUAUGAGAAUUCAAUGGUUCACUGGUUUUGCAUACUUUUUUUUUAUUCAAUAGAUACGCUAAGAAUUUAAGAAUUAAGACUUCUUGUAACAAGAACUCAUGACUGAAAUUGUUUGUCAGAUAAGCACAUUUUUAGUUGUCUUUUGACAAGGUAAAAUGAAACUAAGUCACUCAGUACUGUAAUUCACAUUAUUGCUUGUUACGCCUCACUAUUAACUUCAAGAGUGAUGUCAAACACUUUUUUUUCCCAAUUAAUCUUUGCCUGAUAGGCCCAAAGUCAUGAUUAUAUUUAUGAGUGUAGACUUGCAGGAUUAAUGCCUUAAUAUGACUGGCAAAAUUGAUGUAAUGCUAGGAUUUUUUUCACAGUAUCCAACGAUGUGAUUAUAUUCUCCUUGAAGUAAACAGGAAGAGAAGCAGGCUCUCAUUUUUCAUUUCUAUUAUAAAAUUUCCAAAUUUAACUUAAAAUAGCAAACUUCUUAAUUCAGAUUCUUAUAAAAUUAUCACAGUAACCUAAUGCCAGGUGUGCCAAAAUUAGAAUAGGCUUGUUCACUGGUAACCUAAAUGAAUGGUUGACUUUCCCAGAACAACUGUUUACUAGAGAGAGUAAUCAAAAACAGCACAUAAAUGAUCCUUUUGCCAAAAUGUAACAGUAAUGAUUUUAUGGAUAUCUGUUACAUGUUAUUAAAUAAAAAAAAUACUUGUUUGUGUACCUUUCUAGCAUUAAUAAUUACUAAAAAUGCUUUCAGGAAAAAGAUUAUAUUAGUAUGAAGGAUAGGAAAGGUUAAACUUUCCCUAAAAUUAAUAGUACCAAAGAUUAUUUGCCUUUUCUUCUGGUCUGCUACGAAGAAUCGCUCAAGUCUGGUACAGACUAGAAAGCAAAGGCAAAAACCUAAUCACCCAAAUCUCAGUGACUUCAUUUUUAACCUGAAUAUGCUUAGCAGCUUUCUCAAUGCAAUUAAAAUCUGUGUUUAGUUGAAACAUUGCAGUCUGAUAGUUUGCACAUUUUCUGGAUUUCUUGAUAUCAAAUUAAAAAGAAGGGGGAGUACCAAGUAUUUUAAAUUAAAGGGUGCUUGCUUUUUGCAUUUGAACUGAAUAUAGGGUUUAGUCCUGAUAUUUGAUAAUUAGCAUUAGGAUUUUCCUAGCAGCAAAGCACAACAUUUUCUCUUUUUAAAGAUUGGUUCGCAGGUGACAAAUUUCUGGAAGAAUUAACACCUGCAUAAUUUUUAGAAAUGGAUUUUUCUGCAAUUAUUUUCUCUAUUUUAAACAUGUCAUGUUUGUGAUGGGCUGUCAACAGAGUGUGCUGUAAUAAACAGUGCAUGUCUGCUACAUGACCUGGAGAAAGAGUUUGUUACUGUUCAGAGCUGUACACCCCCGCCGGUCGCCAGCGGUGAAGAGGCGAUGUUCGGGCCUGGACUCGCCGUGCGGCGUGUGAAAUUCCUCCCCAGAGAGCACGGCUGGGGGUGGUUCUCGGGAGAGGCAGAAGUUCCAGGCUUGGGAGGAGAGAAGGGGAUUCGCACAUCUCCAUCCAGCCCGACACACAACACUGACUCGUCCUCUCAACCGUGAAAUUCGAGCUCAGAAGCUCACGUUAUUAAGAGAUGAACAAACUGCGAAUCACCUUUGAAGAAAAUAAAGUCAUCUGUUUUUCUC